AUGUCCUUGGCUGGCAAAGCCUCAGGUAUCGCCCUGAUGCUUGCAUGCAGCCCGGUGGAGACGGGCUUCUGGCGCAGUGGCAUGCUGCAGACUGGAGAUUUGAUCAGGCGGCGGGGGCAAUCAGAGGUUUGGUAUGUCUGUGGUUUAUUCCCCGAUUCCACGACAGUGCUUCUGUGGCCAGCAACAAAGCUUUCUGGGACAUGGCCCAAAGCUUCAUGGGCUCCGAGCUGGGAGGUCACGGGGAAGCACCAGCUUCGAUGGGAGGUCGUCCUGAACACGGAGGAAUACCAGGUUCUUCAGUGCGAAACAGUUUCGCCGCUGCGGCAAUUUCUGGAAGCCAAGAAGAAUCAGGAGCUUCUUGGCCAGACGGAUGCGGAAGCUGUUCCGUGGGAAGACGAGGACCAAGAUGCAGCGGAGGACGAUGAUGGCGAGGGUGCUGCGACAGAUCUGACAGACACUGCGGAGCAAGCGGCAGACCACAUCUGGCGUGCAAUUUCUGGUGCACUGAAAUGCAGUGAUGCUGCCGUAGCUGAAAUCAUGAAGAAGACUGUGGUGUCCAGGAAGCUGAAAGAUGAGCAUCUCGAGUUCUUGCAGUCGUCUGAGGUUCAGGACGCGAUGACAGCUGAUGAGUGGAAGGACAAUGCGCAGUUUCUGCAGCAUCUUUCAACCGAAGAGAAGGUGACCAUUGCCAUGGCAAAGGCCGUCCGAAAGACCUUUGCGAGUCGCCAGGGCGAGAGUGCAGCAUCCAGACCUGAGCGGGCUGCCGAAUUCCUGCCAGAAACUGCCCGCAUCAGGCGUGAUCCCGACAAUGGCGGAGCCAACUCGGAGCUUGGCGUCGGGGGGGUUGACACUGGUGGCUGCGGAAGGGGCUGGACCAUCGCGGCGCAGGUGUCGAACUGGGAGAUGAAUAUUAAGAUGCUCGAGUGGGGCUACAAGGAGGACGACGAUGUCGUGCUGAGCCGUCUGCAUGACCGACGAUUGCGGCACGAGGGCUUCUGGAGCUUGUAUCAUGACCGGGCACGCAACGACAGGCCUGCAACAGAUUUCUCGGACCCAGAACACGAGGAGUCGCAGCCUGUAGAUGAACCUGGCUGUGGCCAAGUUGCCAAAUCGGACACUUUUCAGAAGUUCCGAGAAGCUGUUGAACAGUCGCAGUGGGCCUCUGCGCACGGCUGCCCUGGUGCUCUAUCCAAAGCCAGGAAGGCCGUCAGCAAGCUUCCCACAAGCAUUUCAAAGAACCUGAUGAAUGUUGUGAGCCAGCCUUCAAGCAUCGGGCGUUGGGCCCCUCCUCGGCCUCACAGCGCUCAGCACCGCCAGCUCCCGGGUGCGAUGCUGAGGGACAUGGCUUCGCGGCCUGCCAGCGCUGGCGGUGUCAGACGGAGUCCUUUGGAUCCGUCCAUCGCACGCUCUCUGCCUUGCCUCGAAACACCGAAGCCGGUCCUUUGCGAACGGAAGGAUAUUCUCCAGGUAUCAAUGAGCAGCAGGCCCACGAGUGCCGGCUCUUCUCGGCCUCGAUCGGCGAACCGCUCGGCCGGGAGGCCUGGAAGUGCGGGAUCUUUUGCAUCACGGCCUUCGCGGCCACAAAGUGCCACAGUCUCACGAUCCUGGCGAAGGACGGAGAGUGGCUUCUUGCAGCCGGGCGGCCCUCCCGACGGUAAGCCGAGGCUUGACAAUGCUGACCUGGCACAGUGGCUUGCCACCCCGCAGCUUUGUGUCGCGCCGAAAAAGCCGUCAGCUUGUUCGCGGAAGUAUUUGCAGGAGUGCGACCUUCGAGCCACAGUUCCAGACACUCUGGAUUUCAACACUGGCUUUUCCUCGAAGCUGUCCGCUCCGCAUCGUGGUCUGACAGAUCAUGAUCUUCUUUCCGUGACAGGCAUGCUCCCGGAGAGGCAGAAGGUCGACGAAGUCUGCCUCAAGCAGAAUUCCGGCCUCACCGAUGCGAGCCUCGUGCCAUUCCUGCGGCAAUUCUUGAAGGUCCCGCGCUUAGCUGAGGGCUUGCGCUCGCUCAACCUCAAGCAAUGCAAGGGUGCCGGAUGGCAGAGCUUGGAGGUUCUUCGGCAGCUGACCUUUGCCGCACGCAACCUGAGGGAGCUGAACCUCAGCGGCGUACAGGUCGGUACGCAUCUUCAACUCAAGCUCUGCGAAUCGCUCGGGGUACAUCGCAACUUGCAGUUUAUCGGUUUAUCUCGCACUGGACUGGGCGGCACCUGCCUGACAGAAGACUGCCUAAGGCAUCUUCUGAGCAGCAGAAGUAACAGAAAGUUGGACCUCAGCUGGAAUGUUUUCAGCAAGAAGGACUUUCAAGUCAUCGGCGAUUACAUUGCUGAGAACACCAGCCUGAUGCACCUGCUUUUGGACAAUACUGCGGCCUACAUAGUUGGUGAAGACACACCAAUCUCAGAGCUGAUCGAGAAGCUGGCCUUCAACUCUGCUUUGAGGAGCCUGAGCAUCUGCACAAAUCGCAUCGACUCCCGUGCCGCGCUGGUCAUCGAGGACUCGCUGGAGGGCCACCCGAUGCUGUCACGGCUGUAUCUGCGAAACAAUCCACUGGGCAUCCACGGGCUGCGAAGCAUCCUCAGACUGCUCUGCCGGAAAGAGUCUAGCAUGUCCCGCCUUGACAUCGAAGGAUGCAAGUCUGGGGACGAGAAGACCAAGAGUACGGAAACGCACACGAAGGUUUUCUCCUUCACCAACCCAGGGGGCAAGUACAUCCUUGACCUCGGAAUUCCUUACGACCGGAGCUUGUGCAGGAUGCUUUACGAGACUGCCGAGCGAUUUAAUUUGGAGCACAACAAGGCGUUCGUCAAUAUCAAUCACUCCCAUCCACCCUAUCACCACCCUGUCCGAGACAGCAUCGGGCAGUACAAGGUGCGGCGUGAAGGCAUCCUCACCUUCACGUUCAACGUGGAGUCUGCUAUUGCCGCGGCCUGGUCGAACGUCGCGGACGAUGAUUUCAUCGGCUUUCUGAACAGCCACCUGGCCAUGAUGCGCUUCGAGCCGCACAAGCGAAAGCUGCGACCGUUGCUUGCCAACUGGAAGGCGAUCUCUGGAAUGCAUGCGGAGCAAGAGACCUUCUUGACGGCUUUGGCAUCCGAUUUCAACAUGGAGGUCCCGUAUUUGGAGUACAUGGUCCAGGCAUGUCCAGAGGCCAGCAACGAAAUACUCUUCCGGCUGAUCCCAAGCCUCAAGCGCGACGGUUGCUCCACAUUCCUGGCUAUGUCGCUCUUCCCGCGGGUCGAAGACCUACUGGAGACCCAGUGGAGGAUGGAGAGCUUCCUACUCUUCAACCCACAGAAUCCUACAGGUCGAUACAAGCUCAAGCUGGAAAACAGCACUGACUUCGCCGUGGCUCAGCAGCUGCUCUUGCUGGAUCGAUGGGAGUCGGUGGUAAACCGACGGCACAACCGUGGGGAUGUCUCACAGCGUGGAAACCGGUCUCAGCUCCGAAACGAGCUCUACCAGGGCCGAGCUCUUCACCUUUCCGUGAAGCUCUUGACGGAGUGGGCCAUGCCGGAGUUUGGCGAGUUCGAGUGUGACUACGCCACCAGCUAUCAUCCGAAGCAAGGUUCGAAGCCGCUGAGCGACACUCUCUGGGAGUCGGUCAUGAUGGCCAUCUAUGACUCGCCCUGCCGCCCGGAAGACCAGCUGAAGGUGUUGAAGAUCAUCUCGCAUCAGAUUUUCUUAAGCUCUCUGCACAUUCGGCAGAUGGUCGGCUUCUUCCGCAAGGACGAGGAUCGUGAGGAGGCCCUGGUGAUGUUCUGGCCGAGGGUCAUCGACAAGUACAACGCGAAAGUCUUCAGAGUGAGGUUUGAAAAGAAGGAAGAUGUAGUGCGACUGCAGGAGCGCCUCGGUUACAUCACCUUCUUCCCGUACUUUCAGCCCGAGAAUGCCGUAUUCCGGUUCAACAUGGCCGUAUACGAGCAGCGCGUUUCUGCUUGCCUCUUCGUGCCUGUGACAGCAGUCAGCUAG